UUUACUCGGUUACCGUGCGCUGUGCCUUUAACAUCUGAGUCGGUUUGAGAGCCGAGCGAAGCAGCCCGAGCAGCUCUCUCUCCUUCUCCUCCUCCCCUUCAUGGAUUAUUCAACAAGUGGUUGAGGUGGUGAAGGGGGCUGAAGUGACCGGCCCAAAUCAUACUCUAAACUAUUCAAAGUAAUUCUCGUCGCCGAAAAUGUAGACGCGCUUCAUGGGUUGAGGAGAAAGCCCGACCUGAAUAACCGAAGCAGGUGUCCGCGGAUAACAGGUGAAAUGAGCUGUGUGAGGAAGAUAAGCGGCCAGCGGGUAACUUCACACCACACCGAGCCUCGCGGUUCGGCACAAAAGGGACAAAAUGGACCGUAAGCAAAUUUUUUUCAUUCGGUGGCUACGUUGUGAAAUUUUUAUUCGUGUUUUUACCGUUAGGUCAUCAAGGGACAUUUUAAAAACGAGUACUGACUUCGUAACCGUGUAACCGGACUGAGCCGCCGACCGUUAUGACCGAGCUCUCCUCACCUUUAGUGUUGACUAGCGAGAUGCUAGCUUACUUUUGAACUUGAGGAGAAACAAAACACGAUGUUAAGAAGUAAAACAUCAAGCCACACGUUCCACUGAAUACAUUUCGUUAAUGACAGAUGAGUUUUUACAUCUUAAUGGUGUACAAACAGUCUUCUCGGAGGUGUUGAGCGGCUAUCGACAUGGUAGCGGAGAGGACUCUUCUCGCCGCCAGGCAGGGCGACAUUCAAACGCUGAAGGUGCAGUUAGCGGAAAAAGUACUGGGCAAGGAUGUGAGGGACAUGCUCGGGGCUACCCCGGUGCACCACGCCGCUCGGGCGGGAAAGUUAACGUGUCUCCGGUUCCUUGUGGAAGAAGCAGGUUUGCCGGGGAACAGCGUGGCCAACAACGGCGCGACUCCAGCUCACGACGCCGCCGCCACGGGGAACCUGGCCUGCCUUCAGUGGCUCCUAACGCAAGGAGGCUGUGGAGCAUCGGAUAAAGACAGCUCAGGAGCCACUGUCCUGCACCUGGCUUCCCGCUUCAGCCAUCAUGAGAUCACUGAUUGGUUACUCAAGAGUGGGGAGGGAAAUCCCAGCAUUGCCACGGAUACGGGAGCUCUGCCUGUUCACUAUGCUGCUGCUAAAGGGGACUUGCCCUCUCUCAGACUGCUGUUGGGACACAGCCCAAAUCUUGUCAACUUCCAAACCAAGAAUGGUGCCACACCUCUUUACCUUGCAUGUCAGGAAGGCCACCUGGAGGUCGUCCAGUACCUGGUGAAGGACUGCGGGGCAGAGCCAAGUAUUAGAGCCAAUGAUGGGAUGACACCUCUUCAUGCUGCCGCCCAGAUGGGACAUAACACUGUCAUUGUUUGGCUGAUGAGCUUCACAGACAUCAGCUUGUCUGACCGAGACAACGAUGGUGCCACUGCCAUGCACUUUGCCGCCAGCCGUGGUCAUGCCAAGGUCCUCAGCUGGCUCCUUCUUCAUGGUGGGGAGAUUGUGAUGGAUGGCUGGGGCGGGACCCCCCUCCACGACGCAGCCGAGAAUGGAGAGCUGGAGUGCUGUCAGAUUCUAGUGGUGAACGGAGUGGAUCUGGGCAUUCGAGACCAGGAUGGCUUCACUGCAGCAGACCUGGCUGAAUAUAAUGGGCAUUCACAGUGUGCCAAGUAUCUCCGCACAGUCGAAAACAUGAGAGCAGUUUGCAACAUUUUGAGUGUGGAACAUCGCGUCCUAUCCCGGGAUCCCUCAGCAGAUUUGGAGUAUAAGCAGCCUGACUCGGGCCUUUCCUCUCCAAACGCCACACUGAACCCAGUGGUGCCGCCUGCAGCCCACUUUGACGUGGGCUCCCCCUCCAGUUCCCUGUCCAACUACGACUCGGCCAACUCCAGCCAGUCCAGCACAGGGGAGAAGAAGAGCAGCUCCCCACCGUCACGAGUACCAGCAGGAGGCCCAGCGUCAGCAAUCAGUGACAUGGAGACCUACAUGGAAAUGCUGAACCCUGAUGUGACUGAUGGGGUCCAGAAGAAGGAAGAGGCAGCACAACCUCCGCCGCCUCCCACUUUCCCCCCACCUCCACCUCCUCCACCGCCUAACAACUCGUACGUCCCUCCACCUCCCCCUAUGUACCCCGCACCCAGUCCACCCGAGGAGCAGGGGUCGGCCGAGUUUCUGAAGGUGAAGAGCAACCUCCGCCGCGUGGACAAUGACACAGUGAAAAAAAAAGAGCUGACAGCAGGGGAAAACCCGGAGAGACUGCGGCGGGUGGACUCCAACAGGAAGUCACGAAGCUUCAGUAAGCAGCCUAGCACAGGGGACUAUUACAAGACCCUGGGCAACGACACCACGGACCAGAGGCCCUGCAGAACCAUGGCACCCAACGAGGAGGGUUCUGUGCUGUUGGAGGAGCCUGCAGAUGCUACUCCUGCUCCUGAGAAUGGAACAGGAGCCACCGAGGAGCUGCCCAUACCACCUCCUCCUCCUCCUCUACCCAGCAGCAACACAAACCCCAUCCCAGCUCCACCUCCUCCACCUCCUCUCCCCUCGGAGAUCCCCACACCUCCCCAGAACAAUACCACUGCUUCAGGAGCCUCCAGCCAUCGUCGCCUCUCCUCCUCUUCAAGCAGCACUAAAUCCUUCAACAUGAUGUCCCCCACUGGAGAUAACUCUGAGCUUCUGGCCGAAAUUAAAGCUGGGAAGAGUCUGAAGCCCACACCUCACAGUAAAGGCUACACAACUGUCUUCUCCAACAGUGGCACUGCAGGGAACAACGGAGAACGCCCAAUGUCACCGCCUCAAAAUCAAUCCCAGCCCCAAUCUCAGCCCGCAUCUCAGCCCCAACCUCAGUCUCAGCCCCAGCCCCAGCCUCAACCCCAGCCUCAACCCCAGCCUCAACCCCAGCCUCAGCCCAAUGCAGUCCAAUCACCAAAGCCCACAUCCCCGCCACCCACGUCCAUUUCUCCCACGGCCCGUGGUGGUUCCCCUCGGAACCUGUCCACAUCACAGAGCUGCGAUCUGCUACCCACAGUCGUCAAUGGCAAUGGUGCAUCAGCUCAGAUGCGCAAAUCUAGCCUGGUGGAUAUAGAGGCCCUUGUGCCCACCCAUGAUGAACAGGGCAGAGCCAUCCCUGAGUGGAAGAGGCAGGUGAUGGUGAGAAAGUUGCAAGUGAAGAUGCAAGAGGAAGAGGAGAACAAGAAAAAGGCUGAAGAGGAGGCCGCCCGCCUCGCUUCCAUGCCUGCCUGGCGAAGAGAUAUCAUGAAGAAGAAACUGGAUGAAGAGAAGACGGGCAGGGAACAGAAAAGAAAAGAGGAGGAGCGGCUGAAGAUUGAGAAGGAGAACGAAGAGAAGAUGGAACUGGAGCGACUACGGACUCUUGGCUACGACGAGACUAAGUUGGCGCCGUGGCAACGGCAGAUCAUUCUAAAGAAAGGCGACAUAGCGAAACAGUAGAGCCCGAUACGCCUGCAAUUUGUCUCCAUUCUGUAUCGCACACCUCUGUCUGCUCCCACUCCCUGUAGGACACUUUGUUACCCACAAUCCUCCAGGUCCAUCACGUGCACACAGUGGUUCACCGCAGAACUCAUAAAGUGGUUAGCUAUGAGAUGGCUUUAUAGAGUUCAUGGUUAAUAACAUUCAUAGUGCACUGACGUACGUAAUAUGCGUGAUUGCACAAGGGCCAAAAGCCUAUGAUUUAUUUGUCGUCCCUUGUGCAUCUGUAGAUUAUUUUUAAAAGAAAAACAUUCACAGCAUCCCAACAAAGACACUAUAUGGAUAUUAUCUGAAUACAGCUAAUGCACAUUUAGCAAACGCUUCUUAGCCAUACAUGCUUACCAACUGCUGUUUUCUCACAUUUCUACUUCAAAUCUUUUAAAGUAUUUUCAUAUAUAGUAAUAUAUGAUUAGAAAUAAAAAAAAAUAUAUAGAAUUUAUUCUGUGCACAUAUUUUUUAACCAGUCCUAAUCAUUAUGAAAGCAGUUUAAACAAAAGCCUAAUAGUAAACAGAUGUUUGAUAAGGAACUGCAUAUUAGUACACUGAUAGAUUUCUUGCAAAAAAUGUUCUACCAACUAUAUUUUAAACAAAGAUGUGGACAAUAAAAUGUUCAUAUUAUACCCUGACUUCUCCUCUUAAAGUACUCUUAAAUUUAUAAAACGUUCAUCCUAUUUCUUUUCCAGUCCAGGAAUUCCAGGUGCUUAGUUAAUGAAAAUAGUUAGCAAAGCAAGCCAAGGCCAUCAUUCUUAAUAAUAGAAUUCUUAAUUAAUAUUUAUUGUUUAUUGUUUUUUUUCACCCUGUCAUGAAACUGUGACAUUAUUCCCAGCUGACCAGUUGUCUUCUCAACCAAGUGACAGUUUCCCAGAACACCAGAAGAUGGCAGCAGAGUUCUGUUCCAAGCUCAACUAAAGAGUCACUGUUACAUUACAGUUAUGAAAAGCUGUUGCAAUGUUAUAUUAAGGUAGAUGUUAUACAAAUAAAACAGACAUUUUUACAAUGUUUUCAAAUAAAAUUUACAAGAAUGCAAUAGGUCUGUGCUAUGACUAACCUGAUAGGGGUGGGAGAAGCCAAUGUCUUAAAUACUGUACUGAGUAAUAUAUCAAUUCCAAGCAUUCUGUCCUACAAUCUAACACAUGCUGUGACUCCUCACUGAGAUUUACAGAAACAGGAGGAUUACAGAGGACGAAAACUAAUGGUUGUUUGAUUUAACGCAUAGACAGGUUUUAUUGUUGUAUUCCUGUUGUACACCUACAUUGGUUCUUUAAAAUGUACAUGUAAACAGCCAGUGUCGUCAUGUAAAAUAAAUAAUACAUGAUGAUGAUGGUGAUGUACAUCUUUAUUAUAAGAAAUGUCUUUUUUGGCUCAUUUUCUCUUCUUAACAGCAAACUGUAGCUUAGUCCACUUAGGGUACCUGGACCUUGGAAAAGUGCCGGAUGUGUCUUCUGAAUGUGCGUGUAUAUAUGUGGUGUCUGUCCAGUGACAUGAAAUGUGUGAUAGAUAAACUUGAUGUAUUUUGAGUGUACAUUUUUUUGGAACUGUAAAAAAAACAUCUGAAUAUUAUACAAAUAUAUGUGUACUGCAUGGUCAUCGUUGAGUAAUUGUUUGGGAAUAUUCAACUAAAAUUCAUUUGAUGCCAUAUUAAAACAAAGAUAUAUGUGAACAUCAUUGCCAUUAGAAGAUUUUCUAUUCAUGCAUAAUGUAUAUAGUAAUACUGAAAUACUCUUAUUGCCCUUAUAUUGUUACAUUGUGGUCCAAAACAUUUUUUUUUCCCUUUCUCAGCCUUUGCUUGCAUUGGUUUAUCAAUGUAAACCUUCCUUUUCCGACUGUCAAAUUGAAUAAAAAUCAAAA